UGUAAUUUUGAUGGUGGAUGAAAAAGUUCCUCCUGCUGCAGGCCGGGAUAUUGUCAAGGGUUUGCCUGAUGCGAUCAAUUCUGCUUUUCAUUUAACUUAUAACAUGGUCCUCAAUUUGUUGCGAGUAGAAGAUAUCAACCCUGAAUACAUGCUGGAGAGAUCCUUUUUUCAGUUUCAAAAUCAAACUGCCAUUCCUGGGCUUUAUGAGGAUUAUCAAAAUAAAUUGAAGAUUUUCAAUGAAUUCCAAGUACAAUGUGAGGAUCAAAUUUCAUCAUACUAUAAUAUCAGACAAGAAUUGGAUACCUUGGGUUCUCAGUUUAGGUUGUAUUUAACUAAAUCUGAAUACUUGAUACCUUUUUUACAACCUGGUAGAUUGUUAAAGAUAAAAACUCCAGAGGCUGAAUAUGAUUGGGGUGCAGUUGUGAAUUUCAAAAAAGUGAGUGAAAUUAUACCUGGCCGUAAGAAUAAGCAUGGACAAUCCAAAACGCAGACAAAAGUAAAAGUUGAUCUUUUAUUGCACGUUAUUUCUGAUAGUGAAGGAGGGGAUGUGAUUCCAAAACCAUGUAAAGAUGAUCAGAAAGGAGAAAUAGAAAUUGUAAGCGUGGACUCAUCUUUAGUGACACACAUCUCUUCUGUAAGGUUAUUCUGCCCCAAUGACUUACGGUCUAGAGACAGCAGAAAGGGCAUGUAUAAAGCUGUCAAGGAGGUCAAGAAACGGUUUCCUGAAGGUCCUCCGUUGCUGAAUCCUAUCAAUGAUAUGAAAAUUAAAGAUCCAGAGUUUGUGGAUAUUGUUAAUAAAAUAGAAAUUCUAGAGAAAAAAAUGUACGAACAUCCUAUGAAUAAAAAUUCUUUAUUGGAUACCGAGUAUCCAAAAUAUGAAAAAAAAGUUGUUGUCAGAGAUGAACUUGCAGUUGCAAAACAAAAAUUACUGGAAGCAAAAUCUGUACUGCAGAUGGACGAGUUGAAAUGUCGAAAAAGAGUGUUGAGGAGGUUGGGAUAUUGUACAAACACAGAUGUUAUCCAGCUGAAGGGAAGAGUUGCAUGUGAAUUAAGCAGCGCUGACGAAUUAUUGAUCACUGAAAUGAUUUUCAAUGGAGUGUUUGGAGUUUUGACACCUGCACAAGGAUGUGCUUUGCUUAGUUGUUUUGUUUGUGAUGAAAAGAGUUCAGAACAAAUAAAACUAUCUGAGGAGUUGUCAGGACCUUUGAGACAGAUGCAGGAUUUGGCAAGACGUAUUGCAAAAGUGAGUAACGAAGCUCGCCUACCUCUAGAUGAGGAGUUAUAUGUUGAACGAUUCAAGCCGUUUUUAAUGGAUGUAGUUUUUGCCUGGUGCAAUGGCAGCCCUUUCAAAGACAUAUGUGGAAUGACGGAGAUUUUUGAAGGAUCCAUAGUAAGAGGCAUGCGACGAUUGGAGGAGCUCCUCAGGCAAAUGGUACAAGCUUCCAAGACAAUUGGUAACACUGAUUUGGAAGAUAAGUUCAAUUCCGCCAUCAAGUUAAUCAAGAGGGAUAUUGUUUUUUCGUCCAGUCUUUAUUUGUAAUUUUGCUUUAUUUUGUUUGUAUCAAUAUUUGAAAUUUUAUUUAUAAAGUUUUUGAUUGUAUGAACUUUAUAUGAAUUAGAUUUUUCAAUAAUUGAAUCAUCUGAAACAUAUUUCACAUAAAUUGCCUUCCCAGUACAAAAUUACACUUAAAAUGUCAUUUGCCUAAUCCCAACUAGCAUAUUUUUCUAUAGAAAUAUUUUUAGAAUCCUAACAAUUGUGUUGGGUUAGGGUAAUUCUGUGUACCUGCUGACCUUCUGAGAACCUCAUUUGUCCCUUCCCUUCCUAGUGUUAACAUUAUUGUGAUUAAAAGUAGUGUGCUCAGCUGUUCAACUUCAGUUAGUGCUUUUGCAGUUCAACCAUUGUGUCGAAAUUUGUAGUACCUAAGAAUUUCCGAGUUUAAGUUACAUGUAUUAUUGUACAAAGUUCAGUAAAUUUUUCUAGCAAGUUUUAUUACUUCU